AUGGUGCAGACCUGGCCCGGUGAGCACUCCCCCGCUGAGACCUUGUGCCUCCCCCUGCCGCUCAUCGCGGAGUUCACACCUCCUGAAUCACCUGGACUGAUUCUGGCCGACUCCGCUGCGGCAUCCGGGGAGCUGAGCCUGGAGGACGCUAUCAGACCUCGGGAGACCUCCGCAGACCCUGGAGGCGUCAGCAAGCCAGAGAUCCGGAGACCUCAGCAGAAGAGGGGAAAAAGGAUCGGUCGGCUCUGUGGCAGCAGCGCUGGGCUCGCUGGAAGGGCGCAGGAAAUCCGCCCUUGGCCGGCUCAUCUGAGCAGCAACCUUAGUUCCAGCGCAGCCCUGGUCCCGCGUGGCCGUGGCCGCGCCGGCCGCUCCUGCCCCACGUGGAGAGGGCGGUGCAGCCGCAGCAGGUCGCGGUUGCUGGCUCUGCCCUGGACGGGCUGUGCCGCGGGCGGGAAGCCGGGACGUGCAGACACCAAAUCUCCCACGGCUCCCAGAAGGGACCCCGGCCGCCGACACCUUGGCUUAGGCCGCUCAGGCCCGUGUGCACUUCGCCCUCUAGAGCCG